GUUCAGUACAGAGUAUUUUUAGUGUUUACAAUAUUUUACUGAAAGAUUGUAGUUUUGAUAGUUGAUUAUACAAACGUCUUGGAGUAUCCAUUCUCAUUAAGUUUUUGGAUAAAAAUCAGAAUGUACUAUUUUUCGAUUAAAUUUAUUUUAAUCUUGUCAACAAUAUUGUUUGCACAAUGUGUAUCAAGCCUAAAUAUUUUGGGUCUCUUUCCACAUCCUGGAAAAAGUCACCAUGAUGUAUUUUCUGCCCUGCUGGAAGGACUUGCGGACAAGGGUCAUAACGUUACUGUUUUAAGUCACUUUCCACUGGAAAAUCGAAGAAAGAACUAUAAAGAUAUCAGCUUAAAAGGGACUAUGCCGUUGUGGGUCAACUUUAUUGAUUUAAACAUAUUCGGUUGGCGUUCCCUACUAAAUCCGCUCGUUGAAUUUUACAUGUUGACGAAGAACUCAUUUGAAGCAUGUGAAACUGUAUUGAAAAGCGAUCAAUUGAAAUCUAUAUUUGACCAAUCUGAAAAAUAUGAUGUUAUAUUUACUGAAACAUUCACGUCUGAUUGCACCUUGGGAAUUGCAUAUCAAUUUAAAGCCCCUGUUAUAGGGCUAAGUUCUAGCUACGCUAUGCCUUGGGUGAUGGGAAGAUUUGCAAAUCCCGAAAUAACAUCAUACGUGCCAAUGAUGUUUACUGGAAAUUCUCAUCAAAUGACAUUCUGGCAAAGAGUGAAAAACUUCGUCGCAUCAGUAUUAUUCAAGACGCUCUAUAGGUUUCGAGUAGAUUGGCCCACUGACAAGCUAUUGAGAGAAAGAUUUGGACAAGAUAUGCCUUCAGUAAUAGAUUUGAAAAAGAAUACAAGUCUACUGAUGAUCAACACACAUUAUGCUUUAAGCGGUGUGCGACCCAAUGUACCAGCCAUAGUUGAAAUUGGAGGAAUCCACGUUAAAAAACCAAAGAAAUUAUCGAAGGAUCUGGAUGAUUUUAUAUCCGGUGCAGAACACGGCGUGGUGUAUGUCAGCUGGGGUUCUAUGAUCAGAGCUUCAACUUUGCCAGAUGAGAAAAGAAAAGCGCUGUUAAAAGCUUUUGGAAAACUUAAACAAAGAGUACUUUGGAAAUGGGAAAAUGAAACAUUGCCUGAAAAAACAGACAACUUGAUGAUUAGGAACUGGAUGCCUCAAAACGAUAUUCUAGCUCACCCCAACGUACGUCUAUUCAUGUCACACAGUGGCCUAUUAGGAACAACAGAAGCAGCACAUCAUGGGGUUCCGAUGAUUGCUACCCCAAUCUAUGGGGACCAGUUUUUAAAUGCAGCGGCCAUCGAGUCACGUGGCAUGGGCCGAAUUUUGAACUACGAAGAUCUUAAUGAAGAACACAUUACUCAAACAUUGAAUGAAGUUCUGAAACCCAGUUAUUUACAAAAUGCUAAGCGAGUUUCUGCCAAUUUCUUAAACCGACCUCAAUCACCAAUCGACUUGGCCGCUUGGUGGACAGAACGUGUAGCUGAGGUAGGCAUCGAAAGUCCACCUCUUUGGAGAUCAGAGGCUGUUGAUAUGUGCUGCAUCCAAUAUUAUAUGUUGGACGUUUAUGCAUGUUUAUUGGUAAUAUUUUUAUUUUUUAUGAGAAUAAGUGGCAAAAUUUUGUCAAAAUUUAGAAGAGAUAAACAAAUUAAGGUUAAAUUGCAAUAGUAAAUUAGAGAAAUUCUGUAU